UCGUUAAUCCACUGUGGUUCAUAUGAAGGUCUCUAACAUAGAAGGAAACUCAAAGAGUGAACAUAAUGGUUUAUAUUCUUUAAAUCAUUGAUUUUAAUCAUUUGGUUAUUCAGUUUGUUUUAUUGUAAAUAUUGUAUAACCCUUGAUAUGAUCUCCGCGCUCCUCCUCCUCCUCCUGCUCCUCCUCAUAUCUUUUAGCCCCGACCUCUUUUUUCCUCCUCCAGAAGGUGAUAAAACUUUCAUUCACACCGUCUGUGGUUUAAAGUUCUCCACAGGUAAACAUGCUCGUCUGGAUAGUGUUUGUCGCUGUGCUUAUUUUUGCCUUUGUAUUCCGUCAUCCUCACUUUCUCCAGGAUGUCAAAUUCGUGCGCUCUAAAUUAAAACUAAGCUGCCUUAUCCAAAAAUACAAUCAGACUAAUUUCUCCAUCAUGGACCGGUUCUCGGAGGCGGUGAAGGCGCAGCCGCACAAGCCGUUAAUUCUCUAUAAAGAGGAGACUUUCACGUACCGGGAGGCGGAUGAGCUCAGCAACAAAGCCGCAAGAGUCUUCCUGCAGAGCGGCCUUGGGAAGGGAGACACCGUUGCGCUCUUCCUCGGGAAUGAGCCGACGUUUCUGUGGCUGUGGUUGGGUUUGGGGAAGAUCGGGUGCCCCGCUGCGUUACUCAACUACAACAUCAGAUCCAGAUCUCUGUUGCACUGCUUCAGCUGCAGCGGAGCCAAAACCCUGGUGGCUUCAGAAGAGUUACAGGAUGCUGUGGAGGAGGUCCUGCCCAGUCUGUUGGAGCAGCAGGUUACAGUUUUCAUCCUGGCUGACAGAUGCAGAACUGCAGAUGUGCAGAGCUUCAAAGACAAAAUGAGCCAGGCCUCCUCUGAGCCUAUAUCCAAAGAUUUAAGGUCACAUGUAACCUUGCAGAGUCCAGCAGUCUACAUAUACACAUCAGGGACAACAGGUUUCCCUAAAGCAGCAGUGAUCACUCACUCCAAACUGUGGAGCCUCUCUUUGCUUCUGACUAUAACAGGAGUGAAGCCCGAAGACGUGAUUUAUGUUAGCCUCCCUCUCUAUCACAGCACCGGCUUACUUGGUUUCACUGGAGCCAUUGACAGGGGUAUCACAGUGGCUUUAAGGAGUAAAUUUUCUGUAUCUCAGUUCUGGGACGACUGCAGAAAAUACAACGUCACUGUCAUACAGUACAUAGGUGAAAUUAUGCGUUACCUCUGCAACACACCAAAGAAACUCAAUGAUCGAAGCCACAAAGUCAGACUUGCGAUAGGCAACGGGAUUAGGCCAGAUGUUUGGAGGGACUUCAUCAGCAGGUUUGGAAACGUUCAAAUCAGAGAGUUUUAUGGAGCAACAGAAGGGAACUUUGCUCUGAUAAAUUACAGCGGCAAGAUUGGAGCUGUUGGUCGACAUACCUUCCUCCUCAAGUGGUUUUUCCCGUACAGUCUGGUCAAGUACGACGUAGACAAAGAUAUGCCUUUGAGGGAUUCUGCUGGUUUCUGCAUAGAGGCUGCUAAAGGUGAACCUGGACUUCUGGUAUGUGAAAUAUCAAUCAGAGCACCGUUCUCGGGUUACGCGAAAGACCUGCAGCAAACUGAGAAGAAGAAGCUCCAUAAUGUCCACAAGAAAGGAGACAUGUACUUCAACACCGGUGACCUGCUGAGCAUUGAUGACGACAAUUUCAUCUACUUUCAGGAUCGAGUUGGAGACACUUUCAGAUGGAAAGGAGAGAACGUGUCUACAAAUGAGGUGGCUGACGUCAUCACACGGGUAGACUGCAUUAAAGAAGCCAACGUGUAUGGAGUUGAAGUGCCAGGUCUGGAGGGGAGAGCUGGAAUGGCUGCCAUUACUUUAAGUGAAGGACAGAGAUUUGACUCCGCAGGUGUUUUUAAACAUGUCAAAAACUUCCUGCCGGCAUACGCGAGGCCACGUUUUCUGAGGAUUCAGAGUUCCUUGGACGUUACAGGCACGUUUAAGCAUAUGAAGGGGAAGCUGGUGGGGGAGGGUUUCAACCCAAAUAAAAUAACAGACCCACUCUACUUCCUGGAUGAAGAAGACAAUAAUUACGUCCCACUUACGCUGGACUUAUUCCAUUCAGUUAUAUCAAGGAAGAUCAAAAUUUAAAGUGGCUUUCCUUUUGUUCUUGUUUGAGAGAUAUUAAGAAAAGGUCACUCGUGGAGUUUGUAAUCACUGUGUUGUAUCAGUUAGAAUAAAAGACGCUUCAGAGGUUUCCUGUGCUUCAGUGGAAAGCUGUACAGGUUUACACUUGAGUUGAAUGUGGUUUGUAGACUAACAGAGUAACAUACAUUAAGUAUAAUAUAACACAAUACAACUUACAUUAGUUACAAUCAAAGUCCUAUACAUGUUGUCCACAGGGUAUCAAUACAACAUCAAAUGCAGAUGUAAUUAAUAUUGAAAGAGAAUAACGUGGACGGCUUUGAUGAUUAAGUAAGAGGGCUGUUUGUUGUAGUAAAGUAUUAACUUCUAAGACUCACAUAUAAUAAUAAUAAUAAUAAUAAUAAUAAAAUAAAACUGCAAAUACAUGUUAAUUCAACAUUACAAUGAGAGCGAGUAUGUUUAAAGUUACAGGUCAAGUAACCUCCUCCUUGCACUGUCUGCUAAGCCACAUGAUGCCGUUUAGUCUAGUAAGUCAAAUUAUGAUUAAUUAUAGUGCACACAUAGUCAUGUGGAAUGACUAUAUAAAUAUAAUAUUUAGUAUAAUUACAUUGGAUAUUUGAAUGAUAUAUGUGCACAAAUACCAAUCAUAGCUCAAAACAUUGCUAAAUUUGUCUGAAUUAAAAAAGUCAGAAGUGGUACUAAAUGAAGAGCUGUCAGAUUUGAAAGAGCUGGUUUUUAUAGGCAAGUUGAGUCAAAAUGCCAAGAAGCUGAUUGGCUCCUGACGUACAUGUGUAACGCUGUCUAACGAAAUUGAGGGGGGCUACUGUACUUGAACUCCAUGUGACCUGCAAGUCUUUUACCCACCUGUUUGCACUGUAGCACUCCCUAUGUGAUGUCUUCUCUUUAUCUCUUUACUUCUGUGAUUUCAACAGUUAUUUUAUAUAUAAAAUGACUAUAAUCCUCCUUCAGAGAGCAUGUUUGAGCUUGUUGCACUGCGCUGUGACUCAUAAUGUAUGCAUUGAUAGCUUCACUUAGGAGUUAAUAAAUAAUAUUAGAAUAAUAAUAAUAAAUAUAAAAUUAAUACUUA